AUGUUGACAACUAGUCGUGAUGACCGAUUGAUUGUUACCAUUUCAUUAAAUUCACUGCUGGACAAGCAGCUUUGUACUGAAUUUGUUUCACUCACUCUCUCUAAUUUUGCAAGAAAGAAAAAGGAGACAAUGGCAAACUAUACAGACUUCCCAUCAAACACUAUCAAUGAUGCAAAUCCUAUCUGGUUGAACAAAGGCGACAACGCUUGGCAACUCACUGCAGCAACAUUUGUUGGUUUACAAAGUGUUCCGGGGCUAAUCCUUUUAUACGGAGCUGGGGUGAAGAAAAAAUGGGCUAUUAAUUCAGCUUUCAUGGCGCUUUAUGCGUUUGCUGCUGUACUUCCUUGCUGGUUGUUGUGGGGUUAUCGAAUGUCAUUUGGCGAUGAGUUACUUCCAUUUUGGGGGAAAAUCGACGUUGCUGCAGGCCAAGGGUACUUGCUUGCGCAAGCGUAUUCUGGGAAUUUUCCAAGUGUGACAAUGGUGUUUUUUCAGUUUGUGUUUGCAGCUAUAACGCUGAUUCUAGUCGCUGGAGCUUUACUUGGGAGAAUGGAUUUUUAUGCUUGGAUGAUGUUUGUUCCUCUCUGGCUUACCUUUUCGUAUACGUUUGUAGCAUUUAGUAUCUGGUCACCCAAUGGAUUCUUCUAUAAACAAGGAAUUAUCGAUUUCUCCGGUGGUUAUGUUAUUCAUUUGUCAUCUGGAGUUGCAGGUUUUACAGCAGCUUACUGGGUUGGUCCCAGGCUAACAAAAGAUAGAGAGGUAUUCCCUCCUAACAACAUCAUUCUGAUGUUAGCUGGUGCAGGAUUACUAUGGAUGGGAUGGACUGGUUUUAACGGCGGUGGCCCAGCAAAUGUAGGUAUCGAUGCUUCACUCGCGGUUCUUAACACCCAUGUCUGCACUGCUGCUAGCUUGCUCACCUGGACCCUGCUCGACAGCCUAGUUUUCGGAAAGCCAUCAAUUAUUGGUGCAGUACAAGGAAUGAUUACAGGCCUGGUUUGCAUCACUCCUGCAGCUGGUGUUGUACAGGGGUGGGCCGCGGUAAUAAUGGGAAUCCUCUCAGGAUCUAUUCCUUGGUUCACUAUGAUGGUUGUUCACAAAAAGUCUGAACUACUUCAGAAAGUUGAUGAUACAAUGGCAGUUUUUCAUACUCAUGCUAUUGCAGGAAGCCUUGGCGGAAUACUAACUGGUUUAUUUGCAGAACCAAAAUUAAACCGUUUAUUUUACGGCCCAGAUCAACCCAAGUACAUUGGCCUUUUCUAUGGUUUCCAAAUGGGUGAAGUCAAAAACGGAUUCCGGCAGCUUGGACUUCAGUUGUCAGGAAUUGUGUUUGUAGCUGGUCUUAAUGUAAUAGUCACAUCCAUCAUUUGUCUGUUCAUUCAACUAUUUGUACCUUUAAGAAUGACUGAGAAGCACAUGGAGAUUGGAGAUGAAAUUAUACACGGUGAAGAAGCUUAUGCUAUUUGGGGAGAUGAUGAAAAACAAAAUGUUUAA